UAAAUAAACAUGCCGCAGGACAUGUGCAGAUCGUAAUUUCUUAAAAGUUGGUGUAAAAUUCGAGGAAAAUCUAUUAAUUUAAAGUUGUGGUGAUGGCUCUGGAAACAAUCCAUAGGGCAGGAGCCUUGAAACAGACUAACAAGGCUCACAAACAUGGUAAACACUCGUCGAAGCGAGCACUGGAACGAGUUGCAAAAGGAAAGGCCAACGUAAAAUCUGUUUCGAAAAAAGCGAAACGAGAAAUUGGACGGGAAAAUCGUCGCCAGCAGGCGAAUCAGAUUCGUAAAAAUAAACGCCAGGAAGCGAUGGCGCUGAAGCGCAGUCUGGGCGGAGCAACGACUGCACCGUUUUUGACCUGCAUUCUGCCGCUGCAUGCCAAUGUAGACGCCAACUCGGCGUUGGCCAUUAUCGAGGGUUGCGACGAGGAAGCCACCGUUCAGAAGCUUGCCAAUGGAAUGCGUUAUAUUAAUCUUCCACGGUUUCGUCAGCGUUUUUCCUUUCUGGUUCCGCAGAAGGGUCAUGGUCAUGAGUUGGAAAUCUUGGACUGUUUGAAGGUGUGUGAUUCUGCAAUUUUGCUUGUGUCGGCUACCGAGGCCGAGGAUGAUGUGAUUGAUAAGGUCGGAGCAAAGAUUUUGAAUAUGGCUCUCAGCCAGGGGCUUCCAACGCCGAUGGUUUGUUUGAUGGAUUUGGAGUCGAUAGCACCGAAGAAGCGUGGUCAGGUUAAGGCUAGCGUCCAGAAGUCGAUAUCGACGGUGCUGCCGGACGAAAAGUUGAUGACCUUGGAUACCAACACCGAUGGGUUGAAUUUGCUGCGUCGCGUUGGCGGACAGAAGCGGAAGAUUCUGCACAACAGAGGCAACAGACCGCAUUUGUUUGGCGAGCACGUUGAGUACGUGCCCGAGAUGGGCGAAGAAGGUGUGGGAACACUCAAAGUUACUGGAUUUCUAAGGGGUGUGGCACUAUCUGUGAAUCAGCUGGUUCACAUUCCUGGUUUGGGGGAUUUUCAGAUGUCAGAAGUGUAUGCUGUUGAUGAUCCUUAUAAGCUAAGGAAAAAUGAUGAGGAAAUGUCCUCCGAAGAAGUGAGGCUGCUGGCAAAAGCGGAUCCACAAAAGCAAACAAGUUUGCAGCGAGAAAAUAUCCCGGAUGAAAUGGAUGCCGAGCAAACGUGGCCUACGGAGGAGGAAAUCGCCGCAUCAAGAAACGAAAAUAAGAAGAGAUUGAUUAAGAGGAUUCCUAAGGGUAUGAGUGAAUAUCAGGCGGCUUGGAUUCCGGAUAUCGAGGAAGUUUCGGAGAAUGAAAGCGACGAUGAUGACGAGGAUGAUGAUGAUGACGACGACGACGAUGAUGAAGAAGACUACAUGUCUUGUGAGUCAGAUAGCGAGAGUAAGGUGGCUGGGGACGGUGAUAAUUCAGAAGAUGAUGAAGAGUUUGAUGAAGUUAGCGUUUCGGACGGUCCGGUUUCGGCAGAUAAGUACGAUACGCAAAUGGACAUGGAGGAAGAAAAGCAAAGCUUAGCGAAACUAAAGGCAGCAAAAGACGAUGAGAUCUUUCCGGAUGAGAUAGACACACCGGCCAAUAUUCCAGCAAGGGAACGGUUUCGUAAAUAUCGCGGUUUGGAAUCUUUCCGGACGUCUCUUUGGGAUGUAAAGGAAAAUCUUCCGCUGGAUUACGCCAAGAUUUAUCAGUUUAAAAAUUUUGACCGUACCAAAAGGCGAAUCAUAAAGGAAGCGCAGGAAGUCGAUGAUGGAAUUUUGCCCGGGUGGUACAUUCAGAUCUUUGUUAAGAGCGUUCCGCAGGAUCUGUGGAAUGCCUACCUGUCCGCUGGCAAUGGUAAUCAUUUAAUUGUUUACGGUUUGCUACCGCACGAGCAUCAAAUGUCCGUUAUGAACGUUUGCCUCAAGCGAACGCCCAAUUCGUCAAUUCCGAUCAAAUCGAAAGAACGAAUGAUUGUCCAGUGCGGCUACCGUCGGUUCAUCGUUAAUCCCAUCUUCAGCCAGCAUACCAACGGGGACAAACAUAAGUAUGAGCGGUUCUUCCGACCCGGAAUGACUGUGGUGGCUACCUUUUUUGCACCGAUUCAGUUUCCACCGGCGCCGGUGGUUUGUUUCCGUGAAAAUCCGGACACUUCCCUGGCGAUGGUGGCCUGCGGAAGUAUCGUCAGCUGCAGCCCGGAUAGGAUUGUGCUGAAGCGUGCCGUGCUGAGUGGACAUCCGUUCAAAAUCCAUCGGAAAUCGGCCGUCAUUCGUUACAUGUUCUUCAACCCGGAAGAUAUCGAGUACUUCAAACCGUGCAAGCUACGAACCAAGCUGGGUCGUUUGGGGCACAUCAAGGAAUCGUUGGGAACUCACGGUCACAUGAAGUGUAUCUUUGAUUCACAACUAAAGUCACACGACACAGUGCUUCUGUAUCUGUACAAACGAGUUUUCCCAAAGUGGAACUAUGAGGAUUGUGUCGUUUCAUGUUCCCAAAACGCAGAGGCUAGCUUUGCUAGCGGUUCAGGAACUAACUCGAAGGAGGACGAAGAAAUGCAGGAGUGAUGGAACACUAAAAACAGGUAUGAGAUGAGUUGACCGCCUGUAGAUAUGGGUUGAACCUUUAAAUGAAUAUUAUA